ACUGCAUUGCAUGGAGAGAAGAAACAUCAUCACAUAUCUCUUUCACAAAGAAUAGAUGUCUGGUAAGUAAGGAGGAGGUUGAGAUUCUUGCCUUUUACCUUCCAGACAGUGCGACAGAAGUCAGGGACAAUAGGAAGUUGAAUACGCUUGACUGUUCGAUUGAUAGGUGUUGGUGUGAGGCGGAGGAAGCUCUUGCUGACAGGGAAAGAGCUCACAGCCGGUGUCAGAGCACUCAGCUUGUUGCGCUGCUGCUGGAGCUCAAUGAUGAUCCUGGCGGCUCCCAUUUGAUUGACAAGCCGAUCGACAGUCAUCGACGGCAGUCUUCGACAGCGCCUUCAACGCAAGGUACACAGAAAUGCACAUAGAAGAGACAGACAGACAGACAGAUAGAUUAGGUGGAUACAUGCAUGGUGUACUCGUACUCGUCAUCAUCGCACCUCUGUCGCUCGUCAUCACCUCACAUCCAAUUGCGUCCAGCGAUGCAUUGAUGUACUUGCGUGCAGCGAUGCAUUGAUGUGUUUGGCGAAGUACGCCUUUAACGUGGGUGCAGCAGGAGCAGCAACCUGAGGGCUGUCUUGUGCCGUCCGUCGAGUGAGAGAUGGUCUCUUUGCCGCCAGUGAGGUCAGACAGGUAGACGGGCCCAAGCAGCUACAACACAUGUGUUGCAGUCUCCGUGUUUUUCGCGUACAGGCGGUCGUAUUGGUCAUUGAGCAGCUUCUGGGUCUCUUCGGCGAGUGAUGUGGCAUGAUCUUUCUCCUUGUCACGAAGUAUCGAUAAAUCUUCACGUCGUCUUCUUCACGAGUUCUGCAUGAGCUUGUGACGCCUAUCGUCACUCGGUAAGUCCGACACAAACGCUGCAUGCGACUCGCACCAUGUGCCGUGUGUUUGAACAACGUCAGCAUGAUCUUAGUGUGCUUCUCUUUGCACCCACUCUGAGUACCUGCAU